CUGCCCCUUUAAGGGGCAAGCAGCGCGCGGCGGUGAUGAGGUGACGAGCGCGGGGCCGUGACGUCACUGCGGCGCCAUCUUGCGCUCCCGCUGACGGUUGGACGCGGUUGAGAUUCGCGGGGGCGGGAUCACAGAGCCGCCGCUCCGACACGCCUCGCUUUGCCUCGCCCGGCUUGGCCUGGCCCCGGGUGAGGGCCGGGAAGUGCAGCCGGCUUUAAUCUGGAAGGCAUGGCGGGGGUGGGAGUUGUUGUUGGCGGCGGCGCUAACGACCUGCAGUGGUGUUUCUCCCAGGUGAAAGGUGCCGUGGAUGAGGAUGUGGCUGAAGAUAUCAUUUCAACUGUUGAAUUCAACUACUCUGGGGACCUAUUAGCAACUGGGGACAAAGGUGGCAGAGUUGUUAUCUUUCAACGUGAACAAGAGAGUAAAAACAGACCUCAUCACAGAGGCGAAUAUAAUGUUUACAGCACCUUUCAGAGUCACGAACCGGAGUUUGAUUAUUUGAAAAGUCUAGAAAUUGAGGAAAAAAUAAAUAAAAUCAGGUGGUUACCUCAACAGAACGCUGCUCAUUUCUUAUUAUCUACAAAUGAUAAAACUAUUAAAUUAUGGAAGAUCAGUGAAAGGGACAAACGAGCAGAAGGCUAUAAUUUGAAAGAAGAAGAUGGAAGAUACAGGGAUCCUGUCAGAAUAACCACAUUACGGGUGCCAGUAUUGAAACCUAUGGAUUUGAUGGUGGAAGCAAGCCCUCGAAGAAUAUUCGCAAAUGCGCACACAUAUCACAUUAACUCCAUUUCAGUGAAUAGUGACUAUGAAACCUAUCUUUCAGCAGAUGAUCUUAGAAUUAAUCUAUGGCACUUAGAAAUCACAGAUAGGAGUUUUAACAUUGUAGAUAUUAAACCUGCCAAUAUGGAAGAGCUGACAGAAGUUAUUACAGCAGCAGAGUGCCAUCCACAUCAGUGCAAUGUAUUUGCUUAUAGUAGCAGUAAGGGAACUAUACGACUAUGCGAUAUGCGUGCUGGCGCUCUGUGUGACAAACAUUCAAAAUUUUUUGAAGAACCAGAAGAUCCAAGCAGCCGGUCAUUUUUUUCUGAAAUCAUCUCCUCAAUUUCGGAUGUGAAGUUCAGCCAUAAUGGUCGAUACAUGAUGACACGAGACUACUUGUCUGUUAAGGUGUGGGAUGUUAAUAUGGAAACACGACCACUAGAAACUUACCAGGUGCAUGAAUACUUACGGAGCAAACUCUGUUCCCUGUAUGAGAAUGACUGCAUUUUUGACAAGUUUGAGUGCUGUUGGAAUGGUUCAGACAGUGCCAUCAUGACCGGUUCAUACAACAAUUUCUUCCGGAUGUUUGAUAGAAAUACCAAACGGGACAUCACACUUGAAGCAUCCAGAGAAAGCAGUAAGCCACGUGCCAUCUUGAAACCACGCAAGGUUUGCACAGGUGGUAAAAGGAGGAAAGAUGAAAUUAGUGUUGAUAGUCUGGACUUCAACAAGAAGAUUCUGCAUACAGCUUGGCAUCCUAAAGAGAACAUCAUAGCUGUUGCUGCAACUAACAAUUUGUAUAUAUUCCAGGACAAAGUAAAUUAAAAUUAGCCUGGUUUAGGACAAGACUUGUUCUUGCACAGUAAACCUAGUAACUUUUUUCUUUGAAGAUAAUGAUCUUGUUCUCCAAAAUUUAGUAUAUCUAAAACAGCUACAAGGGAAGAUUUGACCUGUUCGUUUGUGCUUGUGAUGCACUUUUGCCUUCAGUCAAGACAUUACUUUCCAUGGCCUAGAUUCUCUAAACAUGAGAAGCCCACCAGAAGGAGACUGGAUGGACAGUGCUGGUCACAUAAGGCUAUCUCUUCAAUUUACUUAAUCAAGUCUGAGCUUUGCAUUAUGAGAAAAAGACCAGAAGUGAAGCACAAGGCAGAGUUGAAUGCAUAUGAGAUCUGUCCUUGCUGUGAGAUUUUUUGGCCUUUCUGAACAUGAGUUGUGCUUAAUUAUGCCUGUAAACAUUCCUCCUCUGUCUUCAGUCUUUUUGACUCGAGUAUAUUAAGCUUGAAUACUUCAAUGGGCUUUGAGUGGAGUCACAGGACUUUUUUUCUUAUUAAAUAACCUAUACUCACCCUGUAUCUAUAAUCACCUCCUGGUGUAAAACAAAACUUAAUAAAAAUAACAGAUCGUGAAAAGAUGUUUUUAAAUCU